GACGGCCGCGAGCGUUGGGGUACCGGGCCCUCGCGCGGAGCUUGAUGUCGCGAAUGUACCCGUCGACGGGGUUCUCGGGCCAGACCUCGACCUGGCGGCGGAACCCCUCGUGGUACUCGGAGAACAUCUCGGGGGACUCCUCGAAGAGCUGGUAGGCCUGGGCCGAGGGGCGGGUGUAGAGCGUCUCGUUGAGGUGGCGGAAGCGCGCCGAAAUAAGCUUCUGGCGCAUGGAGCGCUGGAGCGGCGUGAGCUUGGCCGCGGGCGGUGGGACGGGCGGCACCGAGGCGGCGAUGGCCGCCGCAGCCUCCUUGGCCGCCUUCUUCUCGUCCUCCGCCGAGGCCUCCUUGCUGGGCGUCGUCGGCUUCUCCUUCCUCUGCUUUCUGUCCUUCUUGUCGGACCUGGGCGUCUCCUGCGCCUCCGCUUCACUCUUCUUGUCCUUCUUUUGCUUCUUGCUCGGCUUGGGGGUGGCCGCCUCCUCGCCGCCGCCACCGUCGUUGCCGUCGACCUCGUCGUCCACCGGCGCGGCCCUCUUACCGCUGCCCUUCUUGGGCUCGUCGUCCUUGGCUUGGCCAAACACGCGCUGGUUGACAAUGACCUUGUUCGCGCCCGUGCCUGGGGCCUUCUCCUCCUUUUUGGCCUUCUUGCGCUUCUUCGCGCUGUUGUUCUUGGACGUGUUGUUCUUCUUCUUGCCGGUCUGGGUUUCGGGUUUCAGGGCGUCCGCCGAGACGGACCAUCCUGGGACAGCGAACAUUUUUGAGAAACCUGUUCCAAGGUGAUCCGCAGUGGUUAGUUUUAUGUGAAGGCGCCGAUGGGUUAUGAAAACAGUGUUGUGAUGGAUGGAUCGUAGCUCUCGCUCACGCUCAUGCUCAUGCUCAGUCUCAGUCUCGGUCGUC